AGCAGGAACUCGCCCGUGAGGAAGGAACCGCAGCUCUCUUUCCCCUCCAGCACCGCCAGCAGCAGCAGAAAAACCCGCCCGGAGCAGAAAAGAGGAAGACUUUCUCCGCCGGAGGAGAGUUGCGGGGAGAAAGUGAUGCCCACGCCGGGACCGAAACUCCGCGGCCCCGCCAGCUUCCCCGUUCAUGCCCGUCAAAGCUGCUCUCCGGGAUCAUGGUGGACAGAGAGCAGCUGGAGGAGAGGCUGAAGAAACUGUUGGUGAGGUUAAAAACGCCCCAGGAGGACCGACAAAGAUCCACGCUGAUCCAGAUCGUCGAGGAUCUGCUUUUCCUGGCGGAGGCGGACGAUGCAGCUGAGCUGUUUGAAGACAAAGACGUCCACGUCCCCCUCAUGGCGGUGCUGUCCUCUCACAUCAGCAGCAGGAGAGUCCAGCAGGUGGGCUGGGCUCUGCUGUGCCAGCUGAUCCAGAUGUGUCCCGCGACGCUGCAGCAGCUGACCCGACCUCUGCAGGCCGCCGGGGGCUGGGAGGAGCCGGCCGUGCACCAGCAGAUCCUGAAGGUGCUGGCUCAGUACGGCGCCGACUGUCGCGUGGCCAAGGUCGGACUCCGGGCGCUAGCGCUGCUGCUCACAUCAGACGUGAUUCCUCUGCUGGUGCUGGAGGAGGACGAGGACGUCUUCGGUCUGGUUGUCCAGGCGAUGAAGACGUUUCCCACCAGCGAGGAAGUGCAGUUUCAAGGCUGUGCAGCUCUGCAGCUGCUCCUGGAGAGAGUGAGCGACGACCAUCUGGUGGAGUUCGUGGAGAACGAGGACCACGUGGUGGUUCUGUCGGCUCUACAGAGGUUCACCGACAGUCCAGAAGUUCUCCUGCAGGCCAUGAAGGUGCUCGUCCCGCUGGCCCGCACCGCCAGUAAUGUGGAGGUGCUGAUGUCAGGAGGAACCCGGUGCUACGGCUUGGUCAUCGCCGCCAUGGACGCCUUCCCGGAGGUGGAGGAGCUGCAGGAGACGGCCUGCUGCCUGUUCAGGAGGUUCACGUCAGAGAGUUUCUACAACAUCCUGGUCCUGAACGGCGUCCAGAGCGUCGCGGUUCGCGCCUGCCAGACGUUCCCCGACAACGCUGCGCUGCAAGCCGCCGCCCUCUCCUGCCUGGCCGACCUCACCGCCACAAUCGUGCGGAACAAAGCGGCGGCGGAGGAUGACCUGGAGGAGGGAGAGGAGGAGGAGGAUGACGGAGGGAAGGAGGAGGUGGAGGACAUGGACCUGGGCUGGAUGGACGAGUGCUGCACGGCGCUGGAGCUCCACGCCGCCGAGCCGGUGGUUCAGGAAGCUGCGAGCCGGGCCGUCCAUCAGCUGCUGCUGCACGGCGCCCGGGCGGAGCCGCCUGACGAGGACCAGAACCAUAGGACUCCGAUCCACCGGCAGCUGAUGGCGGCGCUGCUGCUGCACGCGUCGUCGCCCAGGGUGGUCGUAGCGGCCGCCGGUGCCAUCGCCACGCUGGUCGCCAACGACGGUGCGAUGAGCUCCUCGCUGCUCUCCGGAGGUCUCCACGUCAACCUGGUGGAGAUGAUGAAGAAGCACCUGAACUCGGCUGAAGUCUCCGUCGUCGCCUUCCGGCUGCUGAGGCUGCUGUUCCAGGGAAGGACCGCCAGCCUGGACGAGCUGAACUUGGCCAUGAGCCAGAUCCUCAGCACCAUGAAGGUCCACAACUUCCAGCCCGAAGUCCAGCUGGAGGCGCUGCAGACCAGCCUGGUCUUCCUCUGUCCAGACCGGAGCCUGAGGGAACACGGUUCCUCGGUCCCGGAUCCAGACCUGGCCGACGUCCCGCUGAGGGUCCUGAAGAACCAGUGCGUGGUGGAGGGAGCUCACACGCUGUACCUGGAGGUCCUCAACCGGUUCAUCAGCAGCGCCUCCAUCCAGCGCUGCGGCCUGAAGGUCCUGUCGUCUCUGGCCGACUGCUCCGGCGCCGUGGACCUGCUCUGCCAGCAGGGGGCGAUAGACACGGUGCUGCACACGCUGCAGAUGUUCCCGCAGGACCGAGAGAUCCACUACUGGGGCCUGACCCUGCUCAACUACCUCGUCUCCAAGAAGAAGCUGUCCCGCAUGAUCGUCCCCGUCCUGGCGUCCGUCCUCAUCGCCUCGCUGGUCCAGUACCGGGAGGACUCGGAGAUGCUGCUCAAGUGCCUCCAGGUGGCUCUGAGGAUGCUGGACGCCUGCUCGGGGGCGGCGGCCGAGCUGCAGCGGCGGGACUUGGACCGGCACAUCUUCCAGCAGCUGCGGCAGGACGGCGACGGCAGCUUCAGCCCGCUGAGGAAGUGGGCGUGUCUGGCGCUGUCCAGGAUGUGGGCCGACCCGGAGCUGCACUACGGCAUGCUGGAGAAGGCCUGCGCCGACGGCGACGCGGCCAUGGCCGAGUGCCUCAUCGAGCUCGGCGCCGACGUCAACAAGAAGACCAAGAGCGAUUCGCUCAUCUACCAGGUGUGCGAGAGGGGCGGGCCCCUGGAGCUGGUGGAGCUGCUGCUGAGCCGCAGCGCCCACGAGCAGCACCUGCGCCGCGCGCUGGCGGCGAGCGUGAAGCGGGCCGACGGGCCGGCCGUCAUCCAGCUGCUGGCCCGCCUCGGCCUGGACGCCAACAACAGCGCCGUCUGCCUGGGCGGCUUCCGCCUGGGCCGGCUGGACGCCGCGUGGCUGAGCCCGCUGCUAGCUGAGCGCGGGCGGAGCGGCAGCCGUCGCCACAGCAACGGUAAAGGCGUGGGCUUGGCCCGCUACGUCCAGUCCCUGCAGAGGUCCAGGAGCGCCGGGUUCCUGGCUCGGCCCAUGUCGGACCAGUGCCUGACCUCCGGCUACAUCUCCGACGAGAGCGACGACUCCAGCUUCAGCGUCGUCUCCACCGAGGACAGCCUGUUCAUCAACGACGACAUGGAGAGUGACGGCAGCGAUUCGUUGUCGGGCGCUCUGUCUCCGAAGCUGUUCAACAACUCGGCCGAGGAGCUGCGAGGAGACUCUUUCAAGAGGAAGCAGGGACGGCGGCGGCACGCCAGCGCUGAGAGCGGCCAGACAGAAAGUGAAAACGGGGAUUUUGCACUCCGACGCUUCGGGAGAGGCGGCUCCAGCCAGAAAGAGACGACUAACGUCCUGGCGUCCUCAGGUCUGGGCUCCGGCGAGGCCUCGGCUCUGUCCAGGGAGAGGGAGCGGAUCCGGCUGCUGGACCUGUCCGGGAAUGAGCUGGACUCGCUGUCCUGCCUGACGGACGACGCGUCGGUGCAGCAGCAGCUGGGCUUUCUGCUGCGCCUGGACCUGAGCCACAACGGGCUGCUGGCCUUCCCGCCGGCCGUGUGCCAGAGCCUGAAGAGUCUGACCCGGCUGGACCUGCAGGCCAACCAGCUGCGCUCGCUGCCGGAGGAGCUGCUGUCGCUGCCGGCGCUGAGCACGCUCAACGUGUCCCGCAACCGCAUCGGCCCCGCCCUCAGCCUGGACCCCGCCCUCUCCUGCCCCGCUCUCCGGACCCUCAACCUGGCCUUCAACCGCAUCACGGUGUUCCCUCACGGCCUGGACCGCACCGCCGAGCAGCUGCAGGAGCUGUGCAUGGAGGGCAACGCCGUGACGGAGCUCUGCUCGCCGCUGCGCCUGCCGGAGAUCAAGCUGCUGGACGUGAGCAGGAACGGCGUGGAGAGCGUCUCCCCCGACUUCCUGAGCGGCUGCCCCAAGCUGGAGACCCUCAACGCCGCCGGGAACAAGAUCUGUUCUCUGUCUCGGCUGCCGGCGAAGAUCAUGGUGCUGAAGCUGGCGAGCAACGACUUCACCUGCGUCCCCGAGGCCGUGCUGGGUCUCCCCAGCCUGCGCUCGGUGGACCUGACGGCCAACAGCAUCGUCCUGCUGCCCGGCCCGGCGUCCUGGGCCUCCAGCAACCUGCGGGAGCUGAUGUUCAGCCAGAACCGGAUCACGGAGCUGGACCUGAGCGGCCCGGUGUACCGCUGGGCCCGGCUGGAGAAGCUGCACCUGAGCGCCAACGAGCUGGCGGAGGUCCCGGCCCGGAUCGGCCUGCUGGAAGGUCUCACCUCGCUGGACGUGAGCCGGAACCCGGGCCUGCGCGGCUUCCCGGACGAGAUGGGCCGCCUGGGCCGGCUGUGGGACCUGCCGCUGGACGGGCUCCGGCUGCAGCUGGACCUCAAGCUGAUCGGAACCAAGACCAAGGACAUCGUCAGGUUCCUGCAGCAGCGGCUGAAGAAGGCGGUUCCGUACCACCGCAUGAAGCUCAUCGUGGUGGGGAACCCGGGCAGCGGCAAGACGGCGCUGAUCCAGCAGCUGAUGAAGACCAAGCGCAGCCCGGCGUCCGCCGGUCCCAGCGCCGUCGGCAUCGACGUCCUGGACUGGACGCUCAUCUGGGACCGCAAGAAGAUGGUGCUGAACGUCUGGGACUUCUCAGGUGGCGAGGAGUUCAGCGGGUCCCACCCCCACUUCCUGACGUCCCGGGCCCUGUACCUGGUGGUCUACGACCUGAGCAGAGGCGCGGGACAGGUGGACGCCCUCAAACCCUGGCUCUUCAACAUCAAGGCCGUGGCGCCGGCGUCCCCCGUCAUCCUGGUGGGGACGCACACGGACGUGAGCGGGGACCUGCAGGUCCAGGAGUGUCUGGGGAAGAUCCGCGAGGAGCUGCUCAGCCACCAGGGCUUCCCCGCCAUCCGGGACUACCACAUGGUGUCCUUCUGCGAGGACUCCGACUCUAUCUCCAAGCUGCGCAAGGCCGUCGCCCGCGAGGUGGAGGGGUUCAAGAUCCAGGGCCAGCCCGUGAUGGGCCAGCUGGUCCCGGACAGCUACGUGGAGCUGGAGCGGAGACUCCUGCAGGAGAGGACCCGGGUGUCCCGGGUGUCCCCGGAGUUCCCGGUCCUGCGGCAGCAGCAGCUGCUGCAGCUGAUCCAGGAGUCGCAGCUGCCGCUGGAGGAGACGGAGCUGCCGCACGCCGUGCACUUCCUCAGUGAGGCGGGGAUUUUGUUGCACUUUGCUGAUCCUGCUCUUCAGCUGCAGGAGCUGUACUUUAUUGAUCCUCAGUGGCUGUGCAGCAUCCUCACUCAGAAGCUGGCGUUCAGGGGCUGCGGCCUCCCGGAGCAGCCCUGCGGAGUCGUCCAGCGCUCCGUCGUGGAGCGCUUCCUGUCCGAAACCCGCUGUUUUCCCAGGAGCCACCUGGUGCAGUUCUUCAAGCUCCUGGAGAAGUUCCAGAUCGCUCUUCCCUUCGGCGAGGACCAGCUGCUGGUCCCCAGCAGUCUGUCCAAACACAGGCCGGUCAUCGAGCUGCCCCACUGUGAGACCUCGGAGGUGACGGUGCGACUCUACGAGAUGCCCUACUUCCCCAUGGACUUCUGGUCCCGGCAGAUCGGCCGCCUGCUGGAGGUGUCGUCCUACCUGCUCUACGGGAGAGAGAAAGUCCUCCGACCCAACCGGAUCUACUGGAGGAGGGGCAUCUACCUGAGCUGGUCCCCCGAGGCGUACUGCCUAGUGGAGGCCGCCGCCGAGGAGGGGAGCCCCUCCAGCUUCGUCAGGAUCACCGUCCCUUCCUCACGCAAAGGCCGGGUCCUGCUGGGGCAGGUGGUGGACCACAUCGACUCCGUGCUGGAGGAAUGGUUCCCGGGUCUGCUCAACACCGACGUGCACGGCAACGGGGAGGCGCUGCUGAAGAAGUGGGCGCUGUACAGCUUUGAGGACGGACAGGACUGGAGCAGGAUUCUGCUGGAGGACCUCUUCAACUACGCAGAUAACGACUUCCUGCUGGGGCACCCCGAGGAUCCGCGCUGCACCCUCCCCAUCGCCCAGAUCGCCCCGGACCUGGUUCUGAGCGACCAGCCGGCCGGGACGAUGCUGGACAGCGAGGAGCUUCACGUGGAGCUGACGCAGGAGAACCGGCUCGGGGACGGAGGCUUCGGGACGGUUUACCGCGGCGUCUACAAGAACGAGGACGUCGCCGUGAAGAUAUUCAACAAGCACGCGUCCGAGCUGUACAUCCACCGGCUCCUCAGACAGGAGCUGGCGGUGCUGGGCCGCCUCCGCCACCCCAGCCUGGUGGGGCUGCUGGCGGCCGGCUCGGCUCCGCAGGUGCUGGUGAUGGAGCUGGCGCUGCGCGGCUCGCUGGACUCGCUGUUCGAGCACGAGAACGGGAGCCUGAACCAGAAGCUGCAGCACCGGAUCGCCCUGCAGGUGGCCGACGGACUCAGGUACCUGCACUCGGCCAUGAUCAUCUACCGGGACCUGAAGCCGCACAACGUGCUGCUGUUCAACCUGAAGACGGACGCCGAGGUCAUCGCCAAGAUCACGGACUACGGCAUCGCGCAGUACUGCUGCAGCAUGGGGGUCCGCAGCUCCGAGGGCACGCCGGGGUUCCGGGCCCCAGAAGUGGCCCGCGGUAACGUGAUCUACGACCAGCAGGCCGACGUGUUCUCGCUGGGCCUGCUGCUGUACGACCUGCUGACGGGCGGCGAGCGGAUCUCCGACGGCAUGAAGUUCCCCAGCGAGUUCGACGAGAUCGCCGUGCAGGGGAAGCUGCCAGAUCCGGUGAAGCACUACGGCUGCUCUGCCUGGCCGGGAUUCCAGACUCUGAUGAAGGAAUGUCUGAGGGAAAGUCCUCAUGACAGACCCAGUUCUGCUCAGGUGUUUGAGCGUCUGAACUCGGGGGAGAUGUUGUGUCUGCUGAGGCAGCUGGAGCUGCCGCGGCUCUUCAGCGCCGAGUGCAUCGCGGCCGGCUCCGCCGGGGCCGGCGUUGCCCCCGGCAACGGCCACGCCGCCUGGCUGGGCGGGGGCAGCAGGACCCAGAGGAGGGGCUUCGUGGCGGCGGUCGACCCGGACUGCAGCGCCGUCACCACACGGGAAGUGGACACCAGCCCCGUGCUCUGCCUCGCCACCUUCCAGGUCCCCACCGAGGCCUGUGAUUGGCUGGUGGCGGGAACCCAGUCCGGCUCGCUGCUGGUCAUCAGCACCAGGGAUCUGUCCACCCGGCACCGGCUGCAGAGCGUCAGCGACGCCGUCACCUCGCUCUUCUUCCACACCUUCCCUCGCAGCAGCCAGAGACGGAGCUACCUGCUGGUGGGGACGGCCGACGGGGCGCUGAGCGUCUACGAGGACGCGGUGCUGAUGCAGGACGGCGGCCAGCCGGUGAAGACGGUUGCCGUGGGCAACGUGAACACCCCCCUCAUGUGCCUGGGCCAGUCGCUGCAGUCGCUGGACGGACGCAGCGUCUGGGCCGGAUGUGGAACCAGAAUCCUGUCCUUCAACGCAGAAUACGACGUCUGCAGGUCCAUCGACACCAGACCAGUCCUGCACCCCUCCCUGAGCAGUGAGGCCUGCGUGUCCAGGAUGGUGGUGGAUAAGUUGGUGUACCUCAGUAAAGCCGGGGGGGCCACGGUGGAGGUCUGGGACAAACGCAGCGAGAGGAUGGUGGACUGUAUCGACUGUGCUCAGAUCAUCAGGCACGAGUCCGGCUGCAGGGCCCGGCGGCCCGGCCGAGCCGAGCCGGCGCCAGAGGCGUCGCCCUCCUGGGCCACGGUGAAGGCCCUGCUGGUGCAGAGCUCAGCCCUCUGGGUCGGCACCAGGGGGGGCCACCUGCUGCUGCUGGAGGCCUCCAAGCACCAGACGCUGCAGGUCCUGACCCCCGGCUGCACCUCCAUCCGCUCCCUCACCUCCACCCUCACACAGACGCUGAACUGGAAGAACGUGGUUCUGGUUUUGGGUCGAAGACUCCCUCAGGACAAGAACCAGGACGACGAGGAGUCGGUGCUGAUGGUGUGGAGCGGCUCGCUGCCGGCGGAGGUCAAGGACCUGAGGAAACACGGCGAGAAGAGGGAACGCAUCGCCGCCCGCAUGAGAGAGCAGCUCUGCCACGUCUGACCGGCAGGUGGGGAGUUCUGAUCUAACAGACACAGAAGAGUCGACCAAAAGGGAUCAGCUCUGCCGAUCGUCCACAUGAACGACGACCAAAACGCACUUUUCAGUCCUCAGAAGCAACGAGGAGAGACAAUCAGGAGACGCCGUUGCCGUGGCGACGACCCAUGCCUCCAGACUCGACGACCUCUCAAUCUCCGUGACGUUUUUCUAAAAGGGACACGGACGAUCUGACGAGUGUCUCCAGGCGUGAUGGCGGCGUCCCGCUGCUCGCCGGCGCCGGAUCUGUUUACGUGCCGCGACGGCGGCGAAGGACGGACAGGAAGAAAAGCCACUACAGAUGUAAAUGUGAUUAUUUAUUUCCGUGUUCGUCGGACGUGACUCCGCCCCCUCCGAAGUCACCGUGAUGUCACAGAACAAGUCAGUAAAAGCUGUUUUCAUGUGAAACUUGGACUCGUGUGAUCUGUGACUUUGUUUACUUGUUGUUUAUUUAAAAACAGUAAAACCAGAGAG